ACCUUUAAAAAAAUCAGGAACUUUACUCACCAUCAACACAACAGUUCAGUCAACAGGCCGCCCGUUACAAUUAAACCAUGUCUCUUCCAUUUCUCAGAGUGUGCAACAGAAGCCUUUCUUCUUCUAUUCGAAGAUCGACUCCUGGUGCACCGGCUGUGGAUUCAGUAUUUAAAUCAAGUUCUUACAGUUACAGCUCAUCAGCUCCCAAAGAUACUUCAAAGAGCAAACCUGCUGCCCCUAAAGCAUCUGCAAAACCGAAAAAAGCCGCUGAAUCCACAGUACCUGAGAAGGGAGACACCUACUCUUCUGGGAAGCAAUUCUUUGCCCACAACACUUACAGUUUCUAUGAUAUCGAAUCAAGCAUGGCGAAAGAUCGCAUCCCUCAACCCUCCAGUAACAAGAUGUCAUGGUUCUGUUUGGAUAAACUCAACCCUGGUAAUCCUGAGCGUCCAAGGCAUUUUCUCCCUGAGGAAUAUGGCAAACUCGAGGAAUGGCCAAAUAUGGAUCCUGAAAGUUCUGUAAAAGAGGAAAAACCUCCAAUUCCCAAGGUCAAAGGGAAGUACCGAAUGCCUGAUGGAACAGAGGGCGUGAGUAGCAGCUCAGGUACCAGAAUGCCUCUUUGAUGACUGUCUCAGGAAGAUUCGUCACCCUUUUGGAAAGGCUCUUCAAAUCCAGUAUUUUCAAUCAGAAUAGAUAGACGACUUCCGAGUUGUGAGCGGCACCCCACCAGAGACUACAGAGUAACUAAAUCCAUCUUUCAUAUCACUGUAUGAAUGUUGUUGUAUAUCAGGGUUAACCUUUAACUUUGACUCUUUGUAGAAACAUUGGCCUUUUAGUAACCUUUUGCCCUUAUGAAAGUACAGUAAACCUCACAUUCACCGGCAUUGUUUUCCAUGAAACUUUGUACUGGCCAGACAGAGAAGGACUCCUGUUAACUUCUUGACUACUAACCUUAUAAUACGCUAAGAAAAAUUUCUCAGUGCAAUAGGCGUUGCGGGUGACAUUUUUCAAUCGACUAAUGUUGGCUUAUAAGAGGCGACAGAUAUCAGUAGGUAAAAUUGUAUAUGGUGUAAACAUUGAGACUGAAAUAGCAAACAUUCCGCUUCAAUGCGUUGGCUCUGAUUCGCACUAUGUGUGUUCGAUUGACAAUACUCCUCGCUUUUUUUAUUGGACACAAACCUCAUGUUUCUUAUCAAAAUAUACCAACAGAGAGAGAAGUGAAGAGAUGGCUUCAUCCCCACAGACAAGACUUUGGUAAAACAAGCCAUUGAAGUUAACAACUUGAAAAUACUGAGACUGAACAAACAUUCCAAUUUAAUGCAUGGGCUCAGUCUCUCACAAUGUGUGUACGGAAAGCAACACACCUGGUUUUGUUUUACGAGUCAUAAAGUUUGCGUUUCCAGUCAAAUUGUAUACAUAUCAAAAGAGAGAGAAAUGAAAAGAUGGCUUCAUCCAUUGACAAGACUUGGGUAGAGGGUAGAACAAGCCUUAAUGAAGUAAACAACUUAAAAGUGCUGAGACUGAGCAAGUGUAUCGAUUUUAUGCGUCGGCUGUGACUCUCGCACGAUGUGUGUAUAAAAGACAACACACCGUGCUUUGUUCUAGAUGCUACCAUGUGAGAUUCCUGCACUUAGCAGCCUGAAAAUAGACAAGACGCAAUGGUAAGUGGACACAGAAGAUGAGGAUUUAACUCUCUUCAUUAAAAAACUGUGUUGAAUCGAAGUUAGGAAUGAAACAAAACAUGGAUUUUCAAAGGUGUUCCAGAUACGCCCACAGCAGAUAUAUGGCACUACAGCGAAAUGUAAGGGUGUAUCAGGUAUGGCCACAAAGCAAGGGGUUAAAUAUUUUUGAGAAACCUCUAACCAACUGUUCAAAGGAGCAACUUUGGACCCAACGAAAUAGCUUCCUGAGGAAAAGCGUGUGUUCAGGAGAAGUGAGCAUGCAGUAAAACAUGUGGUGUGCUAAAAAGUUUAUCCCACACGCAUCCCAUGUGGUGAUAAGCCUUGGUGCAUUUUUUUAAAUGUAUGAUUUCCAAUUUAGCUCAAUAUGUACAAAUAAAUUUAUCCUUCAGGUAAGCUCAAUCUGGCCGCAGACCAGACAUGACAGCAAGUAGUGCAGUGGUGAGGAAAGAAAGUGAUAGGGGGUACAUGACAAGCCACUCUCUCACUUUUGUGAUCAUGCCAUACAAUCUUAUUGGCAACAUGUUGAAGUUCGGAAACUAAAUAUUGUGAGAGAAUACACCAACAUAUAAUACAAGCUAGUCAUUUAAAGCUAGCCUCUCUUUUGGCCAGUCUGGUUCUUAGCAUUAGCCAUAGUCUGGGCAAGUUCAUGCGGGCAUGAGAGAAAGUGAAACAACUCUAUUAUUGCUUUUUACACUAAACUACAUCGACGACAGUCAUAAAACAGUAAAAAAAUAAAGCCUACAUUUGCCAAAAAGACUGGUGCAACCUGGCAUGCUUAUGACAGACUUCUCUGUAGUACUAUGGGUCUUGAAUGCACAUGUUUGUCAUACUUUGCUUUUGGAUGUGGGACCAGACAAAUUCGUUGGAUGCGAGGUUCACUGUACAUAUCUUGUAGUGUGCUGUGUAUGUAUAGAUUUGAAACAUAUUAUUAGUAUGAUCUUUUUUCUGAUUACCCUGUAUACACUGCGUAGCAACAGCAUGUUCGAAUCUAAAUUUUAUGCUAAAUUAUGCAAAAAGCUCUUUACCAUUCUGAUGAGUGUUCUGUAAUGAAAGAUGAUGUAUGUUGGAACUGUUUACUUCUGCUGCCUUUUCCAGCAGUGUAAAUACGAUGACAGUGGAUAGACUCAGAUCAACAACAAAAAUUAGUAGUGUCUUCGAAUAGUUUUUACUUGUCCCUUCGCUUACAGAUAUGUUUCCUCUGUUGUCUUUAUAAGAGCCGCAGCACCCCUCUCUAACUAAAGGAUCUGUGGUAUGAAAGAGAGCAUCCUACCAAAAACCAUAUCAUACUGUCACCAGAGGAUUGAACCAAUUUUUCAGAACAGCAGUAAAAAAUUUUUGUCACUUGUCAAUCCCAGCUGCUUGUAUUUGUAUUGUUCACUGAGUCAGCUUUGGACUUGAGACUCCAUAAAAGUAAACAGCAGAUUUUUUCUCUCGACUUGAAGCGGUAACGUUGUUGAAAGAACUUGGCAUGCAAAUAAUUAGAGUGAUUAGCUUUGUUACUUCAGCAGAGAGUUAUUACUCCAGUUGUCUGCGUCAAAUGUUCUGAAGACUAAAACUUAUAAAAAAGACAAAAAAGACCAAAAAAAGAAAAGGCCUGAAAAGAGAUGGUAAUAAACUAAAAAAACGAUC